AUGGCUCAUCAAUUAUCCAACGAUAAUGAUGAAAGACUUUCAACUCCUAAAGAAGUUCUUCGAUUGAAAGAUAAGAAAAUUACAAGUGUUGGAUGUGGUGAUAAAUUUACAAUACUUUGCACAGAUGACCAUUUACUUUAUACUUUAGGUGAUAAUGAUUAUGGACAAUUGUCUUUGGGACAUUUCCGUAACUGCACUUCAUGGACAAGUAUUAAUUUGAGUAUUAAAAUUGAAGCAUUGGUUUGUGGAGAUUAUCAUACGAUGGUUUUAUCUGAUCAUGGUGAAGUUUAUUCAUGUGGUCGUUCUGAUAAAUAUCAAUUAGGAUUAAAUUCAACAGAAUCACUUCCAGAAUUGAGACGUGUUUCAAUCAAGGAACGUGUCAAGACAAUUUCAUGUGGAGCUAACCAUUCCAUUUUCGUAACUGUUGAUAAUGAUAUUUAUGCUUGUGGUGAUAAUACUUAUUCACAAAUUACAACAAAAAAGAAGGAACUUUUCAAAAAGCCAGAAAAGAUUAAGAUUGAUGAAUUGAAGGGAAAGAAAAUUAAGGCAGUUUCAUCUGGAUAUCAACACACUGUCUACUUGACAGAGGAAGGUCACAUAUUCUGUUUUGGUAAUAAUACUUUUGGUCAAUUGAAUAUCACAAUGGUUGGUAUUAACAAGUCAGGUCAAGGUCAAUUAAUUGACAGUAUUUCUUGUGGAAGUUUCCACACUGUUGUCGCCACCGAUAAGGGCGAAGUUUGGGCAGCUGGAAAGAAUAGAAAUGGAGAAUUGGGAAUUGAAAAUGAUGGAAGUAAUGUUAAAGAUGCCACCAAGAUUCCAUUAGGUGAUGCUUCUGCCAAGAUUGAUAAUGUCAAGUGUGGUAAUCACCACACUAUUAUGCGCUCAACUGAUCAGAGAAUUUUCAUUUGUGGUAAAAACACUGGAGGUCAAUUAGGAUUAGGACAUUUAGAUAAGACACUGAAAGUUAAUGAACCAAAAUUCGCAUUCCCUAUUCAUAGAAUGGCUGGUGGAGGAUAUCACUCUAUUUUCAUUUCUGAGGUAUCGGAUGAUCUAGUUGAAUCUAAUGAAACUAAUCAAUAA